UCACUGUCACAUCCUGAAGCUAGUUUAUUUCAGUAGAAUAUCCUCACUGUAUGUUUUUAUAUGUUGUUGUUCACAGUAAUUCUGCUAAAGUUUGUGAAAGUUUGUCAGGAAAAAGGCGUGUUGUUUACAGCAGUGAGCAGAGAGAAGAAGGAUAAUGGCGUCUGCUGUGAAGUUUGUCAUCUCUAAGCUGCUCUCUCCCCUGUGGAGGACAGUGGAGGAUGAAGAGGAUGGCUUUUAUUACAGAACAGGUAUGGAUGAGAUCCGGCGGAUGCAAGGCGGCGUAGUGACCGAGCUCUGUCAGGAUUAUGGGCUGAUUGACCAUUGUGUGUACUUCACUUCUGGAGAGGUGCUGGGAGGAGUGUCUCUGCAUGUAGGUGACGAGGUUAAUGCUCUGGCUGUUAAAGACGGAGCCCACGGAGGAUGGAGGGCACUGAGGGUGGAGAGGCAAAUGGAUUCAUGGGAUGGAGGCAGGGCUUCAGACGAAACUGAUGCAGAUAAGUUCCGGUCUCUGAUUGGAACAGUAACGUCAUGUGAUAACGACGGUGGAUUCAUAAACCAGACGACGUAUUUUCCUCGAUCAGCCCUGUGCGAAGGUUUUGUGCCGAUGAAAGGAGACUGGGUUCAGGCAGAAUACUUCAUUAGUCCCACAAAUUGGCACAGUCAGGCUCGAAGUGUUGCCCCACUACGAUACCAGCGCUUGGACCAAGUGGACGUGUCAAAUGUGUUUGGAAAUAGUGGGGUUGUGGGAGACAGUGUGUUUUUCACUUUGGAUUCUCUGCUGUUGCCUGCUGGAUACAAACCCAUACGAGGAGAUGUAGUGAGCGUCGUGGUGGUGGAGAGCAGUCAGUCUUUAUAUAGCUGGAGAGCACUCUGUAUGUCCCCGAUUGAGAAACACAGCAUGAAUGGGUCAGUGACAAACCUGCCAGAGGCUGAAAUCCAGGCACUGCUGGAAAAUAAGGGAGGACUUGUGGUCAGUGAGGAAACACUGUUUGGAUCUUUGUUGCUGGGGCAAAGUAAAGAGCUGAUCAUCUUUCUUCACAAUACCGGUUCAGAGACCCAUAAAUUGAAGUGCUGUGAAUUCGCUGGCUGGGACUCCGAGGAGCAGUUUUCAUUUGGACCGGCACCACGUUGUGCCAACAACGGCAUUCUGUCAAAACCCAAGCUUCAACAAACCGCCCCAGUCAACCCGUACGUGCCCUUUCUCCAGGCCCAAGGCAGAGGCCUUAUAUCAGGGCAUGGUCUCAGUGUGCUGCCCGUUCCUUUCUCUGUACCUGUGGAGGAAGAUAAAAAUAACAUAGAGGUAGAUAUUGAUGAAGAGGUUGCAAACGAUGGAGAGAAGAACGCUGAGGAGGCACCGUGUCUGCGGGCAAUAGAGAAAAACCUAAACAUAUUACCAGGAGAGAAAGUGUCCAUCACUGUAGGCUGUCAGGCUAAGAACCUGGGUCGCUGUGCGGAGCUGCUGUUGCUGCACUUCUCCUCAUUUACCAUCGGGCGGCGCUUGGAGGUUUCUGUGAGCAGUGAGGUAGAGAAAUUGUUAAAGCCCAGCGCCCCCUACUGUCCAGCAGUCAUGCUGUCAACACCAGCAUCACAGAACCCUGCUCAGGUGGUCACCGUGUUGCCUCCUGCACCUCCAGUCAGAUUGGUGAGACGGCAUCUACCUAAUUUCCUGGGCACCUACCCAGUGCCACAAGCACUGAGAGAUUGUGUGGAGGCCAAAACCGAUGUGCUGGUAGUUCAGCCUGCUCUCGGGGAGCCGCUGUGUCCGUCCAACAUGUUGCCUCGUUUCUCUGCUCUGCUUUGGCUGGAGGAGCUGCAGGCUGAAAGUGAGCUCAGAGAGUUCAGUAUUACUGGUGCUCUCCUAACGAAGGGAGCAGGUUACCUUCACCUGGAGGUGCCGGGGUUAAGUGAAGGAAGGCCCAGUCUGUUCCUUGGAGAUAAAGUUGUCUUGAGGAAGCCAUGCAGAGAAGGGCUCGUUGUGGAGUAUAUCGGCUAUGUUACUGAGAUCAGUGGGGAGGACGUGAGUUUGCGGGUAAACACAGAAUUUCUGAAUAGCUACUUGGGCGAGCCGCUGGACGUGGAGUUUACGUACAACAGACUGCCUAUGAAAAGAUGCCACUGUGCGCUGGAACAGACCAAGCACUUUGGAGAGAACGUGUUCUUCCCCAGAUGUUUGCAGCUGCAGAGCCCCUUGUGGACAGGUGACUGGCAGCCAGAACCGUCAGCCAAACAGAAUGAAAACAAAUCAACCCUAGAAGGUGAAGAGAGUGAAAAAACUCCCAGUGAGAACACGGGGACGCCAUCUUCCCUGACUACGGACAUGGUCUCUGUGGCAACACAGACAAAAACAGAUUUGUGUACAGCGGCUAAGCCCAUCCCAGACCCAGGCACGUUCUUUAACUGUAAUCUUAACCCCGCUCAGAAGGAGGCGGUCAAACACAUCCUCAGGGCAGACUGUCGCCCAACUCCUUACGUGCUCUUCGGCCCUCCAGGCACAGGGAAAACCAUCACGCUCAUAGAGGCCAUACUGCAGGUGUAUUACCGUGUGCCAGCGAGUCGUGUGUUGGUUUGCGCUCCUUCUAACAGUGCCGCAGACCUCAUUUGUAUUCGCCUGCAUGAGAGCGGCUACCUGCAAGCUGCCAGCAUGGCGCGAGUUAACGCCACCUGCAGGAUUGAGGAGUCUGUCCCUGAGGUGUUGCAACAGUACUCUCAUGCCGGAGAGGAUGUACGCCAUGCUGCUUUCCACCGUAUUGUUGUCAGCACCUGCUCCAGCGCUGGCAUGUUUUACCAGAUCGGAUUACGCGUUGGUCAUUUUACUCACGUUUUUCUGGACGAGGCUGGUCAAGCUACCGAGCCGGAGUGUCUGAUUCCUCUUGGCCUGUUGUUUGAGAAGACCGGACAGAUUGUCCUGGCUGGAGACCCAAAGCAGUUGGGUCCAGUAGUGAAGUCGAAACUAGCGGAAACCUUCGGACUUGGAGUGUCUCUGCUCGAGAGACUGAUGGCCUGCCCUCUGUAUUCCCUCACUGAGAAGGGCUACAACCCGUUACUGGUGACAAAGCUGGUGUAUAACUACCGCUCCCACGAGGUGUUGCUGGAGCUACCGUCUAAUCUGUUCUACGGCGGUGAGCUGUGUGUACGCUCACAGAGAGCUGUCGUGGACUCGCUUUGUCACUGGAGCCGCCUUCCGACCAAGGGCUUCCCCUUCGUCUUCCACGGAGUCAGGGGCACAGAGAUGAGAGAAGGCUCGAACCCAUCCUGGUUUAACCCUGGUGAAGCAGUGCAGGCCAUGCUUUACUGCUGCCAGUUGGCGAAAAGACUCUACAAACCCAUACCAGUUACUGACAUUGGCAUCAUCACUCCUUACAAAAAACAGGUGGAAAAGAUUCGAGUGCUGUUGCACAGAGCCGGGCUUACCGACAUCAAGGUUGGCUCGGUUGAGGAAUUUCAGGGACAGGAGUUCUUAGUAAUCAUUCUCACUACGGUGCGCUCCAAUGAGGUGAUACCUAGCAGUGAACUUCAGAGGGCACUGGGCUUUCUGUCCAACCCCAAACGCUUCAACGUCGCCAUCACGCGACCGAAAGCUCUUCUUAUCGUUAUCGGUAACCCCCACGUGCUGAUCAAGGACCCAUGUUUUCAUGCACUGCUGCAGUAUGCCUAUGAGAACGGCGCAUUCAUUGGCUGUGACCCUCCUGUCUCCCUGCAAGUUCCUGAUAGAGCUGUUUCUGAAGAGGAGAAGUAGGUUUCUGAACUGGAUAUGCUGUAAUG